AUGAAACAACAUUCUCAAGGAUAUGCCAUUCCAGCAGCCUCGAAGCAUCGUCGUUGUACGCGAUACACGACAGCCUCCUCACGUAAAUCCCACCAAAAAUCGCGUCUCGGAUGCGGAAACUGCAAACGGCGCAGGGUUAAGUGCGAUGAAGUUAAGCCGGCGUGCACGAACUGUUUGCGCCAUUCGGUUGGCUGUGAUUAUCAAUCAGGCCAAUCGGUUUCUCGUAAUGCGUCGCCUUCGAUGCAGGACGCAGGACUGGAACUGCAGCCACUACCUCGCAGUGGUUUUACUUUUUACUCCUCGUCUCAGUCGAAUUUUAAAACGCUGAAAAGAGGCAGUGCUGCUCACAAGAAAGAGCAACAAGAGCACCCGCCGUCCGUUACGCCGUCUAGUGACUCGCCCUCAGAGCUAAUAACCACGGCAUUCGAGUUUACUGGGGCCGAUAUGAAGUUAUUCCAUCACUUCCUUACCUCAGAAGAACUAGGCGCAUCCAAGAGCCCCGAGACAAUGCACUCUCGACUUCCUCGUUUGGGAUUCUCGUUCCAUUACAUCUUGCAGCUCAUCCUGGCGUUUUCGGGGUUUCAUCUAGCACGGAUACAAGAGCAUGAAUCAAAAUAUUAUUUCGAAGCUGAAAGGCAUUACGCGACUGCCCUUCGAAAGGUGUCGGCUGCGGUGCCCCUUCUUGAUCAUCACAAUUGUCAUGCACUCUACAUGGCUGCCAUACUUAUAUUUGUCUGCUCGUUCGCCAAAGGGCCUCAACCAGAUGAGUUUCUGGCUUUUCGCGAUGAUGGAAGAACUGGUUCGCUUUUUCUAUUUAUGGGUGUCCGGUCGAUAUUGGAGAACUGCUCAGUUGGCGUGCUGGAAAUACACUCAGAACAUACAGAGCGUAACUCGCAUCCUAGCUCUCUGUGCCAUCGAGUCUCUGGGUAUAGCAAUCAGAUAGAACAACUGCGCACCUUGAUCGCGGGCGAAGUACCAAUCGACGACAAUCGUUAUCCGGCUUACAUCAAUGUUCUUGACAGACUCCAUCACUGCUUCGAUUCCAGUUAUGGACAUCAGUCGUUAACAGAUGGGGACCUCUGGCCGCAAAUAUUUGGCUGGUUGUAUACACUGCCUGAUGAUUUCGUUGUCAAUGGCCGAUGGAGCAGAUGA